CGUCGCUGUUAAAUAGCAUUUGGCCCGAAUAGAUAGCCGCUCUAUAUUCUCCGGAAAUCAUUCUUCGCCGCAACCAUUGGUCGCCAUGCCCGUCGCCACAAGAAGAUUCGUCUUUUACCUUCUUUCUGCCUUCUCUGCUGCCAUCCUCUCUGCGUUUAUCCUCAUCUAUCCACCAUAUUUCCCAUCAUCCUCAUCUCUUUCUUCCUCUAAUUCCCUCCCAUUUCAAUCCCAUGCGUGUUACGGAUCCGAACACGACAGAGUUUGGCCCGAAUUGAAGGCCAGUUGGAGGGUCGUGUUGGCAACGGUAAUUGGGUUCGUAGGAUCGGCAUGUGGAACGGUCGGUGGCGUGGGCGGGGGAGGCAUUUUCGUUCCCAUGCUCACUUUGCUUCUUGGCUUCGAUACCAAAUCGGCUGCUGCUCUCUCUAAAUGUAUGAUAAUGGGGGCAUCGGCGUCAUCAGUUUGGUAUAAUCUGAGAGUGCCGCAUCCGACGAAAGAAGUGCCCAUUUUAGACUAUGACCUGGCCCUUUUAUUCCAGCCCAUGCUUAUGCUUGGAAUCACCGUAGGGGUCGCCCUCAGCGUUGUCUUCCCCUAUUGGCUUAUCACUGUUCUCAUCAUUAUUCUCUUCAUAGGAACUUCAUCUAGAUCUUUCUUUAAGGGAAUCGAGAUGUGGAAGGAAGAGACUAUUCUGAAGAAAGAAAUUGCCAAGCAACAAGCAACUGUGGUGAAUUCCCGUGGAGAACUUCUAAUCGAUACAGAAUAUGAACCGUUGAUACCUAAAGAAGAGAAAUCACCUAUGCAAAUUCUUUGCUUCAACCUUAGGUGGAAAAGGAUUUUGGUGCUAAUGAUUGUGUGGGUUUCUUUCCUACUACUUCAAGUCAUCAAGAAUGAACUGAAGGUGUGCAGUACAUGGUACUGGGUGCUUUUCUGCCUACAGUUUCCUAUAGCACUUGUGGUGUUUGGGUAUGAAGCAAUCAAGCUGUACAAGGAUCACAGACACAGGAUGACCACAGGCAACCAGGAAUCCAUGUGUCAGGCUUCAAUAGAAUGGACUGCUCUUAACCUUGCGUUUUGCGCACUGUGUGGCAUCUUAGGGGGAACCGUUGGAGGCCUUCUUGGUUCUGGAGGUGGCUUCGUUUUGGGACCUCUUCUUCUCGAGAUUGGCGUCAUUCCCCAGGUUGCUAGUGCAACAGCAACAUUUGUCAUGAUGUUCUCUUCAUCUUUAUCGGUGGUGGAAUUUGACCUUCUCAAGAGGUUCCCCAUUCCCUACGCGUUAUACCUGACGUCAGUGUCUAUUUUGGCUGGCUUCUGGGGACAAUUCGUGGUAAGAAAAUUGAUAGCAAUUCUUAGGAGGGCAUCCAUCAUCAUAUUCAUUCUCUCAGGCGUCAUUUUUGCUAGCGCCAUCACCAUGGGCGUGGUUGGCACUGAGAAGAGCAUUCGAAUGAUACACAACCAUGAAUUUAUGGGAUUUUUAGGGUUCUGUAGCAGCCAAUGAUUUAAAAGAAAUGAAGAAGGUAUAGCAAAGAUCUUGCAAAUUCAGGUAAAGAUAGGAGCAUUUGAUGAUGUUGGUCAACAACUAGCUGACCAUCAUGGAAGAUCCUUGAUUACAUGCAAGUCGUAAGUCAUAAAGGCUACAUUGGGCCCUCACCUGUGUGAAAAUUAGUUGAUAGAUUAAGUGUUAGAAUAGGAUUGUUGGUCAACUCCGAAUUGACCAUCAUGGAAGCUUCUUGAUUGCAUCCAAGCAAUAAGGCUGCAUUAUGCGCCUUCCUUUGUGUGAAAAUUUUAGUUUGUAGAGUGAGCGUCAGGUAAGAUUGUUGGUCAGUGCCUAAUUGACCAGCAUGGAAACCCCUGCUUGCACCCAAUUAAUAAGGUCAGAUUAUACCUUGGGAGUGGAGAUUAGUUUUGUGGUCGAGUGUUAGCUACUGGCUACCACCUUCCCCAUUCAUGUAUUCUGUUUGUUUCCAGCUUAAGAGUUAUGAUAAAGAAAAUUAAUAAUAUGAUGUACAAAUGCAAUGGGCUUGCUUAUUUCAAACAA